UUGGAGGAGAAUUCUGUCUCUCUUUGGUUGAAAGUCUCGAUAUGAUUGUAGCCACGAGAACCAGCAAAUGGCGAAUAUCUAAAUAAAUAUUGUUUUUUAAAAACAAUAUUUUUUAGAGAAAUGUCGUCAACCAAGCAAAAGGAAGAAAUGGAAGAGCACGCUUGUGAUUUGAGAUCUCGAGAUCUAGUUGAGCUAACACCAUGCCAACUGAAACUGCAGUGUACUCCACUUGAUUAUGGAAAUUCGAAAAGAUUUGUAACUGAACUACUUCUAGAUCACAACGACCUAGAAGCUAUACCUGACAACAUUGGUGAAUUGACUAGUUUGAAAAAGUUAUCCAUCAUAGGUAACAUGCUCCUGACAAUCCCAGACAGCGUUGGAAUGUUGGUUAAUUUGGAAGUUUUGAAUUUGAAUGAAAAUGAAAUUUACAGUUUACCAAAGACAUUAAAACACUUGAGAAAUUUAAGAAUUUUUUCUGCAAUUUCAAACAACAUAAAAUCAAUCGAAAACGGAGUUUUCAGUGGAUUGAAAAGCCUACAGGAGAUCUUUCUAGAUGAAAAUGUACUGACAACGCUACCAAAUGACUUUGGGACUUUGGAACAUCUAGAGAAAUUUGAAUGCAGUGAGAAUGAAAUUUUGAUGCUCCCAAAUGGUUUUGGAAAUUUGAAGAGGCUUCAAGUCUUGAAUCUAGACUCAAACAGAUUAGAAGAGCUGCCAUCAGAUUUCUGUGAGAUGCCGAGCCUGAAAAUCCUCAUUUUGUCAAAUAACAGUCUGUCUCUUUUACCAAGUACAAUGGCAUCAUCCAAAAGUCUUGAGAAACUUAUCCUUAGCAAGAAUGAUUUGUCUAGUGUUCCAAAAUGGUUUGAAGAGUUGGGAAAUAUCAAAGAACUUGCAAUUGAAGACAAUGAGAUUCUUGAAAAACCCUUAUCUGAAAGUUUUUGUAAAUCUGCAGCCAAAAUUGUUUCUUUGCUGGCUGGGAGAAAUUAUAUUUCAGACCUCCCAGACAACAUUGGAACAUUAGAAAAUUUGAAGCAUUUGCAUCUUGGGAGCACCAUGUUUGAGCUUGAAAGAAGUAACUUCCAAAGUGGCAACUGGCUAAAAUCCCUUCCAAAAAGCUUCACACAACUUUUAAAUUUAGAGAAGUUACAUCUUGAUGAAAAUCAAAUAACAGCACUUCCAAAUGAUUUUGGCAAGCUAAGACAAUUACAGUGGUUAGAUCUUGGCCAGAACCAGCUUGAGUAUUUACCAGAGUCAUUAGAUCAACUUGAAUCAUUAACUUAUCUCCAAGUGUCAAAAAACAGAUUAAAGUCACUGCCUAUGAAUAUUGGGAACCUGAAACACCUUAUUGAACUGCGUCUGGAUUCUAAUUUGAUAGCAAUAAUACCAGAAUCAUUUUCAAAGCUAAAAAACCUGCAUUCUCUUGACUUAUUCAAUAACAAGCUAACAGAGUUCCCAAAAGCUAUCAUCUCUCUAACAAAUCUCAAGAGGCUAGAUGUUGAGGGAAACAAUUUUUCAACUGAAAGUCUUCCAAAAAUAAUUAAAGAAAAUGUGUACCCAGAGAGAGAUGCAUCAUUAAAAGAUAACUGGAGAGGUAAAACCAGGGAGGAUAAAGUUAAAUGUGACAUUAUUGAAAUGUCAGCUACAAAUGGUAAAACUGAAGAAGAAGAAGAUGAAGAAGAAGAAGACCAGCCUGUUUGUUUCAAUGAAACUGCAUUGAUAAAUGCUAUGAGAGCUGGGAUGUCUCUUUGGAAACACCAUGGAGGUUCAGAUAAACGAGAAGCUACUUCAUCAAAUAGGGAACUUCAAGAGAAUGUGGAAAUGCAAACACAACCACUGGGUCCAUCUCAGACAAAUAUAGCAGACAAACACCAAGUUAUAGUUAGUUCAACAUGGUUGCCUUUAGAGCCAGAAGAAGACUGGGAUGAGGAAAUCAGAGAUGAAAUUUAUCAAGAUACUCUUGGUACCUAUACUGCUAGAAAAGACUUAAGUUCAUCAUUAAUUGAUGACUUCCAGAACACAGUCAACAGAUACCCACCUUGUAUUCAAGCAUUCUCACCAGUUGCUUGUUAUGACUCAUUAGUGUACAAAAAAUAUAGGAAUGCCAAAGAAGGUCUCAAACCUGCAGACCAAGAAGAAGGGCAGUUUGAUGAUGCUGAUGAGUAAAAUUUUUUAAGAGUUUUUGUAUUCAAAAAUGCUUUAAGAAUUUUUCAGAAAGAUAUCACAAUUAAUUGUUUUAUUUGUUUUACAUUCUUGCAACACUUUUUGAAAUUUGUUCAGACGGGCACACUUAUAUGAUAAAAACUAAGCUAGCAAAUUUUUGAAAUUGCAAAUAUGAUUUUUACAUAAUAGCAAUAUUUUAGAGUACGCUUUGUAGAUUGGUCUGUUGUCACAGACUGCAUUGACUAUGACAUGCGUACAGAACAAGUUAUGUGUUUAAUUAAUUUCGUGAAUUCUAUAAAUUUAUUUUCCCCAAGCAAGCUAGAAGAUAAAAAAAUCUUCGCUGGCAGGUUUUAAUGUGUUGACCUCAGCGCAGGACACGUCAGACAACAGGAGGGCACAUGAUGAACUGGAAACCCUGUUUUAGAUGACUUUUUUGGCAAAUGAGUCCGAUUAGUUCUUGUUUUAGCCUUUCCGUUGUAAGCGUUUCAAUCGUAAGAGUACAUAGCAUCUUAUCCGCUUGAUAUCAAAUAAUGCGUUUUAGUUCUUAAAAUUUUUUAAAGUACUUAUAUUUCUCGCUAAAAAUUUAAGUAUUGUGUUGUAAGCCUGGUUGAAUUGUUGUUGCUAGAUGGUAGAUUCUAGUUCCAACGUAAUAGAUUUAUCCGUGUUUUGUUACAUGUUUGAUAAUUGACAAGAAAGAUACGUCAACAUUA